UUAUUCGACCAUGAAAGACACAAUCCGAAUUGCAGCUAUGUGGAAGUUUACAAUCCAAAAAUGAAAAGGGAUGAUGCCAGCCCAUUUUUUAAUGAACAUUUUGGACCAGUUUUGCCAUUCAAACGUCUUUAACUCCACUCUUCUAAAAGUUUACCGUGUUGCUCUAGCUUGUCAGGUGAAUGGCAUUUGUUUUAAUUUGUUUUAUGAGACAAGGUAUCUUUGUAUGUGGUUCAAUCUCACAAUCCUCCUGCCUCAUCUUCUGGAGUUCUGGGAACACCGGUGUGUACCCACGCCUGGAAAAGAUGCAGUUGUUUUAAAACACAGCCUAAAAAUCUGGAAUGGCCUUGCCUGCUUGCGUGAGACAAGUUACCUCACUCCUUCGAGUCGCCUUCUGCAUGCUAAAGGAAGGCAAUGCUCAGAUUAUGAUCUUCUGGAAAUCAAGCAAGGCAACAACCUACGUGAAACAUCUUUAAUGCACCAGGUGUCGACAGGUGCUAGCAACAAUUAUUGCAAGAAGGGAUUAAGAGCAUUUAGGUAGGAGAUCACAGCAAUGAGGCCAGAUUCUUAGUCUUUUUGAACAGCAGGCCAAGAUGCUUUACUGACUCCACUCUAAGGCAGUAGGUUGUCCACAGGGAAAGUGGUCAGGAAGAGUGGAAUGCCCUUCAGCGACAUCCUCGAUUGUUCUCAUUUUUAGUCUCUGCAACACGGCUACGGAAAGUACAAUAAAAAUGCAAAAUUCCCCAGCACGAGUUUGGAAACCAACAAACAAAAAAGGGAUAUAAAAGGAAACACUCAACCUCCUCAAGAAACGCACAGCUCACUGCCCCGCCUAGGUGUUUAUAUUUUUCUCCUUGGCCCCGCCCCCGGACCACGAGAGCGACCAGGCCACGCCCCCACGCCGAAGUUCCAGGGCCGGACUCGCCGAAAUCUUCAGCUUGCCCGCAGGGAUUCCCUCACCAGCCAAUCGCGUCUGAGCCACGGGGCCGCCAGGAACAAAGAUGGCCGGGGCGGCUUCGGCGAGGGCAGCCUGAUCCGAACGCCAGGCACCCGGCAGGACAGCAAAGGCAGAGUGGCAGCCGCGCGGUCGGGAGCAUGGAGGAGGGCAGCAGCGGCGGCGGCGGCAGUGGUGGCAGCGACAGCAACACCAGCGGGGGUGGCGGGGCGCAUCAGAGAGAGCUGGAACGCAUGGCUGAAGUCCUGGUGACCGGGGAGCAGCUCCGGCUGAGGCUCCAUGAAGAAAAGGUUAUUAAAGAUAGACGACAUCAUCUCAAAACCUACCCAAACUGCUUUGUCGCGAAAGAACUCAUUGACUGGUUGAUUGAACACAAGGAGGCCUCUGACCGAGAGACGGCAAUAAAACUCAUGCAGAAACUAGCCGACCGGGGCAUCAUUCAUCAUGUGUGUGAUGAGCACAAGGAAUUCAAGGAUGUAAAACUCUUCUACCGCUUCAGAAAGGAUGACGGUACCUUCCCGCUGGACAACGAAGUGAAGGCCUUCAUGAGAGGACAGAGGCUGUAUGAAAAACUGAUGAGUCCGGAAACCACACUCCUCCAGCCCAGGGAAGAGGAAGGGGUGAAGUAUGAGAGAACCUUCAUGGCUUCUGAAUUCCUAGACUGGUUGGUUCAGGAAGGAGAGGCCACAACCAGGAAAGAGGGAGAGCAGCUGUGCCACCGGCUUAUGGAGCAUGGCAUCAUACAGCAUGUCAGCCCCAGCAAAGAGAUCAAGAUCGUGUCUGCCGUGCGGAGGAGCAGCAUGAGCAGCUGCGGCAGCAGCGGCUACUUCAGCAGCAGCCCCACGCUCAGCAGCAGCCCCCCUGUGCUCUGCAACCCCAAAUCCGUGCUGAAGAGACCUGUUACUUCUGAGGAACUCUUGACUCCUGGAGCUCCGUAUGCAAGGAAGACAUUCACGAUUGUCGGCGAUGCGGUUGGCUGGGGCUUUGUGGUGCGAGGAAGUAAGCCAUGCCACAUCCAGGCUGUGGACCCCAGUGGACCUGCAGCUGCAGCAGGGAUGAAGGUCUGUCAGUUUGUCGUCUCUGUCAACGGGCUCAACGUGCUGAAUGUAGACUACCGCACCGUGAGCAACCUGAUCCUGACAGGCCCAAGGACAAUCGUCAUGGAAGUCAUGGAGGAGUUAGACUGCUGAGCCACGAGACUUCCCCUCUGGUGCCCCAUCCCAGAACAACCCAGCAAUGACAUGACAAGACUGCCAGACAAAUGGAUAAUUGGAACGUACCGAUCUUUUCUCGGUCUGUACACACCUUGACGUUCAUACAGUGUUUGAAUGUGGAAGAACCGGGUAACACAUCUUUAAAAAACAAAACACAGCAGGGGUGUGGUGACUCAAUUCUAUAAUCCCAGCACUCAGGAGGCCAAGGCAGGAGCAGUGCUGGAAGUUCAAGGCCAGCCUCAGCCCACAGUGCGAGUGCCCGUCUCAAAAACCGAGCAUACACACACGUGUGCACACGCAUGUGCUUGUGCCAAUGUAGAUGAUGAUAGGGAAACAGUUUCCCUAGGGGGUGGUGUUGCCUUACUAGAGCCCAGUCCGUAGUCCUCGAUCAUCAGUUUUCAUGUUUGUGGAAAGUUGUUGAAGAGCCAAAAUAGCAACAUGGGAAAAUGCCAUUUUCCGAAGUUUGUAGAAUAGUUAUUACAUAGUUUACAUCAUUUCCAUUGUGCUCUGAUGGCAGGAGUAAUGAAAUGGCGUCUGCUGUCCUGGAUACAUGGGACACAGAGGCAAGAGAAGGAUCACUUGAAUUCUGGUGGUUGAGCCAGCCUGGGCAACAUAGUGAGAUCUCAUCGUAACAAAAAAGAUUUUCACCAAAAAUAUCCUGAAGCUGUUAAAUAAGUGUAGAUUUCACAGCUUCAGAGGAAAGCAACAUCCCUAGGAAUGUGACCUGCUAACAGGAAUUUCCAAGAAGUUUCUUAAGCAUUCAACUGCUUCAAAGCCAUCAUCACAAAGUAACUAUUUUCCUCUCUAUUUACAUUUUCUUUUUUUUUCUUUCUUUCUUCAUUUUUUUCUCUUAGACAGGGCCUUGCUAGGUAUCCCCUGGCUACUGACAUUUCCUUAAUUUCUGCCUUUAUCACCAAUUUUCAGCUUAACCUGUUUCAGUUAUGGUUUGAGGUGAAAAAUAAAACUCUGUGCCAUGGGUGGCGGAGAUGGACAAGGAGACAGUGUCCCCAACUGCCUGUCCCUCUUUUCUCUCACUCGGCCUGAGUGCUUUCACCCCAUGAAUCAGCUCUGGCAGAUUUCUGGAGUUCAUUUGAAAUAUUCUGGGUGGGAAAGCAAAGAGGUCUGUCCAUACCCAUGGAAGACACCAAGUCAAACCUCUGACAUGACUGCCCUUUGUAAGCAUCCCCUUCUAAGGGACCUGGCUUCGGUGUGACAACCUUGAAACUCAAAAUGCCUUCUUAGCCUGGAUUUUUCCAAGGCUUCUGAUGUCACGGGAUAUGCUGCUCAUUUAGGGAUCUGCUUGCCACUACAGUCUCCAUCCUGUGUUAGAAUUCUUCAUCUCACUUGUGUGUGUUUCUUUGAUCUAGAAAAGACUUCCUUUGAACCAGACGCGGUAGCACACGCCUGUAAUCCCAGAACCCGGGAAGUGGAGGCAGGUUGGUUCAUCAAAUGCUCAGAACAGUCUAACAACUAAGAAGAAGGCCUGACCACAUGGCUUUAAUUUGUGUUUGUUUUGAGACAGUGUCAAGCUCCCGAUCCUCCACUUCCUAAGUGGGAUUACGGACUCACAGCACCACACUCAGAUAUCAUAACACCCCCCACCCCCCCAGAUGAGUCUUAGAUGUUUUUUGCCUUUCGGUGUUUCUUGACUGACAAAAGAGGAAAGGAUGCCUGUGGAGCGCUCCAUUCUUCUUGCUGCUCAGCUUCCACUGCCCUUUGCAUUGAACCCUAGUUCCCAUAAUUCCCCUUUAGCCAAACUGAACACCACAGAAGCACCUCUCUGCCCUCCAUGCUGCCCUUCCUUCUGUCCACCAGGGAGGGAGUGAAGAACAGUUCAACUGUUUUCUUAUUUGAUUCUUCUCACCCCCAAUUUAAAGGCCAAGUGCCAGAGGAUAUUUUUUUUAAAGACUGGGUCUUACUCUGUGGCACAGGCUACCUAAAACUCACAUUAGUCCUCCUGCCUCAGCAAAUGUGGCCCCUAGGACCUUGUCUCACGCAUUCAAUGUUUGCAUACAUGAUAUCUUAUUUCUAGAGUGUUAUUUCUCCCUCUUUGCCCAGGAAAAUUAUUCUCCUUAGCUCCUUUGGUCAUCAUCUCCUUAGAGAAAUCUUUGCCAGGUUCCUAAAGACGUUCCUUCAUUCCUUCCUUCCCUAAAUUCUCCACAUCUUCUUCUGACCUCUUUGAGUACCAGGUACAUACAUGUACAUACCUUACAUGCAUGCAAAUUAAAAUGAAUCUUUAAAAAUAAGUUGAAAAAUAAAACUAGCCCAGAAUCCAGGAGUGGGGAAAUAGACACCAUCUUUUAUGAGAAGACUUGCAUGGAAUUUGUGGCCAUUUUUAAUUCUCUAAAAGUAAAUGCAAAGAAGGAGCCAUUGCUGGCUGAGUGCAGCUAUUGAAAGCUUCAGGCUCUAUGGAUUCAAAUUCUGAUCCAACCGUCGCGUGGGAGUGUUGAUGAAGUCCAGUUUCUAAUGAAGCCUUCAGAGUAUGUAGACCCUAAAAUAUCAGUGCUGCCAUGGGCUAUGUGGAGCACAGUUUAAUCAUUCAUUUGAUUAACCAACGAGUCAUCGAACAAUCUUGUGCUAUACUCAGACUCAUGAAGCUUGUCAGGUAGGAGCUUGAGCCUUAUGCUUCUGAGUCUCCCAUCAUCCGGCCCUGUUACAAUGGAGCCUUCUGCAGGCCUUCGGCAUGAUGUACUCAAAAAACAAAAGCGACACCCGGUGUCUGUGAGGGAAGGGAAUAUCAUCUUUUAUUGUUGUUUGUUUCAAAUACAAGGGUCUUAUUCUGUAUAGCCCAUGUUGGCCAGGAACUUAUUGUAUAGCACACACAGGCCAGUCUCAAACUCAUAGCAAUCCUCCUGCUUCAGUCUCCUGAGGACUAGAAUUACAGGCCUGAGCGACCAUGCCUGUUUUAAAUGAGUUUGGUCUUCGUGUAUAUUUGUGCAUCUGUGAUCUUCAAAGAGGAAGUGAUGUUUACUGCCUGAGUUAACAUUUACCUGCACACCUUAGACAUGUUCCUUCUUGUUCCCUUAAAAAAUAUUUUCAGAUCCUUCUUUUGGUUCAUAAGCAUGAUGAUUGGGAGUUCACGCCCAUACGUGAUGUGUGCCGCCCAUUAAAACUUGUUAUGACGUUGGCACAUUACCUGUCUGACGUGAGGAAAAAAAAAAUAUUUUCAAAGCCAGGCAUGAUGGCUCACACCUAUAAUCCCCCCCAGCAUUUGAGAAGCUGAGGCAGCGGGGUUGCCAUGAGCUUAAGGCCAGCCUGGGCUACGGAGACUUUGUCUCAAAAAGAGAACUAGGUAAAAAGUUCUAAACUUUUUUUUAGAUGUUUGUGAUGUUUUAUGUUUUGAUGAUGGAAAGGAGGACAGUCUGUUUCUUAAUCAGCACUGUAUGUGUAAGUUAGAAGGCCAUCUUUUGUUGAAAUGAAAACUGCCAUCGUUUCCACCUUCUGAGGUUUAAUUACAGCUAGGCAUGGUGACCCACAGCAAAAAGAAGACUCAUACUAGAGAAGGUUGUUUGAGGCCAUCCUGGGCUACACACAGAGACCUUAUCUAAAAAAUAAUCUGUGAGGUCUAGUGUCUCACACCUCCAAUCCCAGCGCUGCAGAGGCAGAAGGAUCACCACAUCUGAGGCCAGCCUGGGCUACAUGUGAUACCCAAAAGACAUAAUAAUUAAGGAGACUAGUUGAGAAAUGGUAGGUAACAUGAGGAAGACAAGCCAUCUUUACCUAAAUGAUGUGUGUCUAAUGUCAUACCAUCAUGUGACGGGUGGUUUCUUUUGGAGGGACAAACACCAAGGUUAAGAAUAUUGCUGUUUUCCAUUCAGUUGGGAGUCUUGAGUUUCCAAAUCUUUCCUUUCAAAUGUAUUGUGGAGAUGAUCAACUUUUGAGGCCUGUUUUAAACUGUUGGUACUGACUCUUCUCUACGGGCUGCCAAGAAUUCUGUUUUUCUUUGACUAUAAAUGAUGAGAAUAACUCCAGAGCGCUUUGGUGUUGCUGGCUGGUGGAAAUUGAUUGUUGACAUUCAUGAUGACUUCCUGUCACCUGAACUUCAGGUGGGAUGUAUAUUUCUUCAUUGCAGUACCAAAAGGACGAAAGAGCUGUGUGCCAAAAUGAAGUUCCCCAUCAGAGAUCACAUAUAGUAUUGUUAAAGGAGUUUUUUAAAAGUACUUAAUAUAUAGCUUUAUUUUAAAAUUUGGUGAGAGUGAUUCGCUAUCUUUAUUAAAUCUGUACUGUAAUUCUGAAAAUGAUUGUACGAGAACCCAAGGGCAUAGCAUGAAAUAAAUAUUACAUUAUAAAAAUGA